AUGUUAGGCUCAAGUGGAACUAAUGGCAAACUUUGCAUUCGUGGAACGAAGCAAGAUUAUGAUGACUGGAAUAUACCAGGUUGGAGCAGAGAGGAAGUAUUUGGCUACAUGAAGAAGGCCGAGAAUUUUCAUGAUAAGAAAUGGUUCAAAGCAGACGAGCAGAACCAUGGCUACGAUGGACUACUGAAUGUAGGGUCCUAUGAUUCGGCACCGAUAUCGAACAUGAUCCUAGAAUCGAUGGAGGACCUGGGAUUAAGAAAACAGCCGUAUAUGUUCACCACUGGAGAUAAUCCACAUGGAUGUGGACACGUACCCAGAACAGUGUACAAGGGAGACAGAACUACUGCGGAUGGUUACUUCGUGAACAAGGGCCCAAACCUGGCGGUCAAGACUGAGACCACGGUCGACAAAGUCAUCCUCGAAGGCGAAGGCGAAGGUGACAAACUCAAAGCUGUUGCAGUCAAAGUUAUCGAGAAAGAUGGCUCGAUGAGAGAAAUCAAGGCCACGAAAGAGAUUAUCGAAGGCCGUGACCCCAUGGGUCUCACAUCUGCACAACUAAAUAUCGAGUUCUUCAGCACAGAGUGUUAUGGCGGCCUAAAACAAUUCACAGACUUCUUAGAUGGAGAAAACUCCCACGCUUUCUCGCUCAUCGCCGAAUUAUUCGCGCCAAAAUCUCGAGGUAGUGUCACGCUCAAGUCGGCUGAUCCGAAAGACAACCCUAUUGUGUACCACAAUUAUCUUUCAGAGGAGUUGGACGUUGUUGUGCUCAGUGAAGCUUGCAAAUUUGCCAAUGAGAUUAUCACCCAAGGUAAGGGCACCAGGGACAUUGUCGACGGCAGUUGGCCUGCAGCUUUGACUCACCACAAGAACACCGAGAGAGAGGAUUGGGUUCCCUUCGUCAGGGACAAUGCGACCACGUGUUACCACCCUGCCGGAACAGCCAAAAUGGGUACCGAUUUUGAUCCCAUGGCUGUCCUUGAUAGCGAGUUGAGGGUACGAGGAGUGAAGGGCCUUCGCGUUGCCGAUACCAGUGUGAUGCCAUUGCUUAACCAAGGCCACACUCAAAUGCCCGCUUACGCAAUUGGUGAGAAGGCUGCGGACUUGAUCAAAGGCAAAUCUUUGGGGAUGAGCAGUCUCACAGAGAAAAUCGGCAGUAAUACGCUGUCUCAAGCUCAAAACAACAACUCGAACGGAACAUUGGUGUUGAAUUAG